CAGAGCUGCUUUCGCCCUGGUAAAGUAGGUUGCGAACGGGAGGCGGCGGCAGCUCUUCUGCAGUGUUGGAAAGAUGGCGCCGCCGGUGACGGAACGGGGGCUGAAGAGCGUCGUGUGGCAGAAGAUAAAAGCAACAGUGUUUGAUGACUGCAAGAAAGAAGGCGAAUGGAAGAUCAUGCUUUUAGAUGACUUUACCACUAAGCUUUUGGCAUCAUGUUGUAAAAUGACAGAUCUUCUAGCAGAGGGUAUAACUGUUGUGGAGAAUAUUUAUAAGAAUCGAGAACCUGUCAGACAAAUGAAAGCUCUUUAUUUUCUCUCUCCAACAUCAAAGUCUGUAGACUGUUUUUUACGUGAUUUUGCAAGUAAAUCUGAGAACAAAUACAAAGCAGCAUAUAUAUACUUCACUGACUUUUGUCCUGAUAGUCUCUUUAACAAAAUUAAAGCUUCUUGUUCCAAGUCAAUAAGAAGAUGUAAAGAAAUAAAUAUUUCCUUCAUUCCACUUGAGUCUCAGGUUUAUACUCUUGAUGUACCAGAUGCAUUCUAUUACUGUUACAGUCCAGACCCUAGUAAUGCAAAUGGAAAAGAUGCCGUUAUGGAAGCAAUGGCUGAGCAGAUAGUUACAGUGUGUGCUACCCUGGAUGAAAAUCCUGGAGUAAGAUAUAAAAGUAAACCUCUAGAUAACGCCAGUAAGCUUGCCCAGCUUGUUGAAAAAAAACUUGAAAACUACUACAAGAUUGAUGAAAAGAGCCUAAUAAAGGGUAAAACUCAUUCCCAGCUCAUAAUAAUUGAUCGUGGCUUUGAUCCUGUGUCCACUGUCCUGCAUGAACUGACCUUUCAGGCAAUGGCAUAUGAUCUACUGCCAAUUGAGAAUGAUACAUACAAAUACAAAACAGAUGGGAAAGAAAAGGAGGCAAUCCUUGAAGAAGAUGAUGACCUCUGGGUCAGAAUUCGACAUCGGCAUAUUGCAGUUGUGUUAGAGGAAAUUCCCAAACUAAUGAAGGAAAUUUCAUCAACAAAAAAAGCAACAGAAGGAAAGACAUCGCUUAGUGCUCUUACCCAACUGAUGAAAAAGAUGCCCCAUUUCCGUAAACAGAUUACUAAGCAAGUUGUCCAUCUUAACUUAGCAGAAGAUUGCAUGAAUAAAUUCAAACCUAAUAUAGAAAAGCUCUGCAAAAGUGAACAGGACCUGGCACUUGGAACUGAUGCAGAAGGACAGAAGGUGAAAGAUUCUAUGCGAGUACUUCUUCCAGUUCUUCUCAACAAAAGUCAUGAUAAUUAUGAUAAAAUAAGAGCGAUUCUACUUUACAUCUUCAGUAUUAAUGGAACCACGGAAGAAAAUUUGGACAGGUUGAUCCAGAAUGUAAAAAUAGAAAAUGAGAGCGACAUGAUCCGUAACUGGAGUUACCUUGGUGUUCCCAUCGUCCCCCCAUCUCAACAAAACAAACCGUUAAGAAAGGAUAGGUCUACAGAAGAAACUUUUCAACUCUCUCGAUGGACACCUUUUAUCAAAGAUAUUUUGGAGGAUGCCAUUGAUAAUAGAUUAGAUUCAAAAGAAUGGCCAUAUUGUUCCCAGUGUCCAGCAGUAUGGAAUGGCUCAGGAGCUGUAAGUGCUCGCCAGAAACCCAGAACUAAUUAUUUAGAGGACCGAAAAAAUGGGUCAAAGCUGAUCAUUUUUGUAAUUGGAGGAAUUACGUACUCUGAAAUGCGUUGUGCUUAUGAAGUUUCUCAGGCACAUAAAUCCUGUGAAGUUAUUAUUGGUUCUACACAUAUUUUAACACCCAGAAAGCUUUUGGAUGAUAUAAAGAUGCUGAAUAAACCCAAGGAUAAAGUCUCCUUUAUUAAGGAUGAAUAAUGAUUUUUUUUUGGAGAUUCUUAUUAAUAGGUUCAACUAAAAUAAAUCAAGACAAGUUUGCUAUCAUGUAAUUUAAACAAUGUAAAUAUUUUGCGGAAUACUGAUUUUUCAAAUAUAUUUCUUAAGGGACUUUAUGGUUACAUAUCAUUGGAUUUGCCAUUUUUAAUAAUUUAAAUAGUGUCGCUGCUUUGUAGAUGAUGAGAGGAAAUGUUAAAAUGCUUUCUCAAAGGAAAUUUUUCACCUUUGGAACUGAAUAUAUUAGAAUUGUGGGUGAUUCUUCACAACUACCUAUGUACAUACUAAUUACUUACCAGAUACUUAUCUGUCUUAUGCUCAAAUAUAGUUUUUUGGGAAAGAAUGAUUUUAAAUGAAAAGGCUGUAAAAGUAAAAACCUGUAAGUGUG